AUGUCGCAGAACGAACCGUUACUUCCUCCCCAGUACCCGGGCGACGACACCAGACCAACCAGCAGAAAAGAGCUGGCGGGCUGGUACAGCUAUGGCUGGGCCGCGGAAGUCUUUGUUGUGUGUGCAAUGGGCUCUUUCCUUCCCAUGACUCUGGAACAAAUGGCUCGGGAUAGGGGUCACCUCGUAACAGAUAGGAGCCAACGCUGUCAACCGAGUCAAACAGUCGGCCUACUAAGUUAUUACAAUGAGGUGAUGAAGCCGGAGCGCCCGAUGCAAUGCGUCGUCGACUUCUUGGGGCUUGAGAUUAAUACUGCAAGCUUUGCUAUGUACACAUUCUCAAUCAGUGUGUUGAUACAAGCACUGCUUAUAAUAACCAUGUCUGGGGCUGCAGACCAUGGUAGUUAUAGGAAAUCUCUUUUGGUUGUGUUUGCUUUCGUCGGCUCUGUUUCAACGAUGCUCUUUAUUGCUAUACAGCCUCAAUUCUAUGUAAUAGCAGCACUUGUAGCAAUUGUUGCAAAUAGCUGUUUCGGCUCAUCCUUUGUGCUUCUCAACUCUUUUCUUCCUCUUCUCGUCCGACACCAUCCCUCGAUGUUACAGGAAGUCGCGGAAGCGCCUCGGGUUGAGCAACCCGAUGAGACUGUUGACUCCUCUCCGAUUCCUAGCGUUAAUACACCGCUGCUUCAAUCUCAACAAGGCUUGAAUGCGGCCGCAAUAUCUAGAGGCAUUGAGACAGACGGUUUGAACCGGCCAACAUCUGCUCUACAACUCUCUACGGGGAUUUCCUCCUAUGGUAUGGGAAUCAGCUAUAUCGGAGCUGUCCUACUACAGGUCAUUUGCAUUUUAGUGGUCCAGCUCACUCAUCAGACAACCUUCUCAUUGCGUCUGGUCAUGUUCCUCAUUGGACUCUGGUGGUUUCUGUUCACUAUUCCUUCGACGAUAUGGUUAAGACCCCGCCCAGGACCACCACUUCCGUUGCCAGAGUCAGGCAAAGGUCGUCGUACAUGGUUCGGCUACAUGGUGUAUUCCUGGACGGCACUUGGUAAAACCAUCAUGCGAGCGCGGCGUCUCAAAGAUGUUGGAUUGUUUCUCGCGGCUUGGUUUCUUCUAAGCGAUGGAAUUGCAACUGUCAGCGGGACUGCUAUAUUGUUCGCCAAAACUGAGCUUCAUAUGCAGCCUGCUGCACUAGGCUUGAUCAGUGUGAUUGGAACAGUAUCUGGUUUCGUUGGAGCGUUUUCCUGGAGUUAUGUCUCUCGCUAUUUCGCCAUUCGUACCGAAAGAACCAUCAUUGCUUGCAUCUGCUUGUUGGAACUCAUUCCACUAUACGGCCUUCUAGGCUACAUUCCUGGAAUCCAAAAACUCGGGUUCCUAGGACUACAACAGCCCUGGGAAGUGUUUCCAUUAGGGGCUAUUUAUGGUCUCACAAUGGGUGGGCUGUCUGCAUAUUGCCGUAGUCUGUUCGGAGAGUUAAUCCCUCCUGGCUACGAGACGGCAUUUUUUGCACUUUAUGCUAUCACCGACAAAGGCUCAAGCGUAUUUGGUCCUGCCAUUGUAGGCGCGAUUACGGGUCGCUAUGGUCAGAUCAGGCCGGCAUUUGCGUUCUUGGCCAUUUUGAUAUUUCUUGCCUUGCCAUUGAUGCUGCUUGUCGAUGUAGAACGUGGGAAGCGAGAUGCAAUGGCUUUGGCUAGUGAAUUGGAUGAACGAGAAAGUGAAUAA